AGAUAGAUACCUUCACAGGCGGACACGAGAGGUACUUACCUAAACCGGCAGGGGCUUACUCAUCCAAACUUACGUAACAGGACCAUACGAGGCUAAACCUGUCAUGGAAUCUCGUCCUUAGGUUGCCUCUAUCCCGACCAAUUUACCCGACCGUGUCGAAGAACAUCUCCUCGGACUGCCGAUUAUGACGUAACAUUCUGGAGUAAAACCACCCCUGUGCGGUGAAAGACAAAAAAAACUCACCUGCCACACCCGCCCAACCAUCCGAUGUAACCAAAGAAACAAGAAAGAAGAAAAAAAAAAAGGGAAGACUCAGAUCACGCUCAGAUUGCCGACAUCCGAUUGAGAAUGCGACCCGGAGUACGGAGUAGGAAUUCCCAGUUUCUUGGGCAGAGAAUGCACCUAAACGCACCGUUCCAUUCGAUCAAGUCUUCUAGAAAACGUCGAGAACGGGCAUCGAAAGCGGUCGGUCGAGUCACGUAUGGGACCACACCCCCAUCAGAGCUGCGGCGACCCCAACGCGGUGGCGAUUAUUUCCACUUUCCUCUGUGUUUUAUUUCGACAGCCUCACUUUUGGUUGGCUGGGGUUUGUUGCGGGAUAAUAGUGUGUCUUCUAAUGCACAUUUAGGUCAUUCACUGUGGAUAUCCCAGUCGAUGCAUCUCCAUUUGCAUGGUAUGAGGCAUUUACGUAUUGUAUUGGCAAGAUCUAUCUCCAGUGUAGAGAAACCUUGGCUUGUUCUUUGUUUUUCUAGAAUGAGUCUGAUUUGCAUUCUGCAGAUGUGCCAGCGGGCCUUUUGCCUCUUCCUCUCAAUUCUGCCUUUCAGAAUUUUAUUCUUCGUAUAGAGAGAGGUUAAAAAAUUUGUGUAUGUGUGUGUGUGUGCGCGUUCCCGUUUAAAAAAAACCAAAACAGUGGCAAACCCACCAACGAUGAAACUGUCAAGGAAGAGAAAAUU